AAACGAACACUGAACCGGUGGCGCCACCGUUUUCCAUAAUUACCGGCGACAAUGGCGGUCCCAAAGAGAUCAUCUUCGAGUCCUCAACAGAAUGGUUCGACUCGUGAUUUCAAGCAACGAAUCAUCACCAACCUCAACAAGCUCUCCGACAGAGACACUCGCGCCGUUGCCACCUCUGAGCUCGAAUCGAUCGCCCGUAACCUCAGCCUCGAUUCUUUCGCUUCUUUCCUCAAUUGCAUUUACGAUAUCGAUUCCUCUGAGACGACUCUCGUGCGGAAACAAUGCGUCCGACUACUCGGUUUCCUAUCGGAGACUCAUGGCGAUGCUCUCUCUCCUUUUCUCUCUAAAAUGCUCGCCAACAUCGUUCGCCGCCUAAGAGACUCAGAUUCCGCCGUCCGACAGGCUUGUGUCGACUCUGUCACGGCAAUGGCUUCUCAGAUCACUAAGCCUCCCUUCUCUGUAUUCUUGAAGCCCUUAACUGAGGCUCUUCUGCUUGAACAAGACUACAACGCUCAGAUUGGUUCCGCACUUUGUCUCGCCGCGGCCAUCGACGCUUCGCCUGAUCUGGAUCCCUCGCAAUUGCAGAAGCUCUUGCCCAAGCUGCUGAAGUUACUCAAGUCCGAAUGCUUUAAGGCGAAACCCGCACUAUUGUCGCUCAUUGGAAUCAUUGUUGGGGUCGGCAGUGCCUCGAGUCGAAAAGUGUUGACCAAUUUGAUUCCUUCCAUGGUUGAGUUCCUCAGUUGCGAAGAUUGGGUAGCGAGGAAAGCUGCCGCUGAGGCGUUCGUUAAGCUUGCUAUUGUGGAGAAAGAUCAGUUAUCUGAAUUUAAAACCUCGUGCAUGGCAUCCUUCGAAGUUCGUAGGUUCGAUAAGGUGAAGAUAGUUAGGGAAAGCAUGAACCAGAUGUUGGAAGCCUGGAAGAUCGUUCCUGGCCUUUCUGACGAGGUCUCACAGUCAUCCCAGACGAUACCUUCUUCGAGAGGUAACGGCAAAGACGGACGCCUCCCACCGAGUCCCAGAAGCUCUGGUAGUCUAGGUUUUGAAACCCCCCAAAUGAGGAAGAAAACAAUCCAAACAAGCAGGUUACCUCCAUUGGUUAGUUCAUCUGUGACUACUGCUAGGAAAAGAAGCCCUCCAAAGAGUAAUGACAGGAAAUCAAGCCCAGUCCUGUUACGUAAGCUAGACCACAAGCAGUCCCCUGAUCGGGAAGUUGAGGUUUCUGUACCUCAUGCUUCCUCUCUUACAGUUUUACGCGAUGAUGAUAUAAAGCAGACAGAUGGAGAAGGUCUAGAAUCAGGGGUAGAUAGUGCAUUAUGGAACCAUGAUGUUCCAUUUUAUGGGGAGAGUUCUGAUUCGACUGGUGUAGUUAGCAAUGUUACUGGAAACCACGAAGACAGUGAGAACCUGUCCUUGAUCUGCAAGCAACUGGUUCAGAUUGAGAAUCAGCAAUCCAGUCUGUUAGAUCUUCUGCAGAAAUUCAUUGGGAGCUCACAGGAUGGGAUGCAUUCUCUGGAGACCCGUGUGCAUGGUCUAGAGUUGGCUCUAGAUGAAAUUUCCUAUGACUUGUCCAUGUCAACAGCUAGGAUAUCAGGCACUGAAUUAGCAGGGAACAUGUGCUGUAAGUUACCUGGUGUGGAAUUCCUGAGCUCAAAAAUCUGGAGAACAGAAGGUCGGUACCCAAGCUCAAGAUUAUCUUCUGCUGGGGGAUCACUAGCAGCAAUUCAGAAAAUGGGUGAUAAGGAUAACAUUUCUGAAACAUUGAAGAUGGAUAGCCGGAGAUUCGGGCUCCAAGGUGGUAGUGGUGAAUUUAUUGUGAAUCCACUGGCACAUAUUCAUAGUGACUCGUGGUCAAAUUCAGAGGUUUACUGAAAUAGAACAUUGAA